AUGACAAACUGUAGAGGUGGCUCAUGCAAACUGACUGUCUUGUCUUCUGUAGCUUACCAUCAUGGUACUAGUCAGAGUUUAUGGAAUCCUGAGGCCAGUUUUAAAGGGUCUCUCGAUCGUGACUACCCAAGCCAGGUAAUAAGGCAUCUGUCUGCACCAAGAAGUUACUCUUCCCGGCAACCAGGCCUGACCUCCCAGGCCGCUAGCCGUUCUCUCCAGGGUCUCAAGGCGCAGCCCCAUUUGCGAAGCCACGUUACACUCCAGGGCCCAAUUGACCAGCCCACAUAUCCACGACAGACAGCUAUUGGUUCUCUCCAGGGUCCCAAGGUGCAGCCUCAGCUGCGUGCACAUGCUUCUUUCCAUGGCCCAGGCUACCAACGUAAGCAUCCACAGCAUGCAUCUAGCCAUCUUCUUCAGAGUUCAAAGGUCCAGCCCCAGUUGCGUACCCAUGCGCCUUUCCAUGGCCCAGGCUACCAACGUAAGGAUCCACAACAGGCAGCUAGAAGCCCUCUCCAGAGUUCAAAGUUCCAGCCCCAGUUGCAUACCCAUCCGCCUUUCUAUGGCCCAGGCUACCAGCGUGAGCAUCCACAGCAUGCAUCUAGCCGUUUUCUUCAGGGUUCAAAGGUCCAGCCCCAGUCACGUACCCAUGCGCCUUUCCAUGGCCCAGGCUACCAACGUAAGCAUCCACAACAGGCAGCUAGCAGCCCUCUCCGGGGUUCAAAGGUCCAGCCCCAGUCGCGUACCCAUGUGCCUUUCUAUGGCCCAGGCUACCAGCAUGAGCAUCCACAGCAUGCAUCUAGCCGUCCUCUUCAGGGUUCAAAGGGCCAGCCCCAGUUGGGUACCCAUGGCCCAGGUUACCGACGCAAGUAUCCACAUCAGGCAGCUAGCCAUCCUCUACAGGGCUCAAAGAUCCAGCCCAAGUUGCGUACCCAUGCUCCUUUCCAGGGCCCAGCCUCCCAGCCCAGCUAUCCCUUGCAGAUGGGUAGCAAUCUUAUCCAGGGCUCAAAGGUCCGGCCACAGUUGCGUAGUAAUGCUCCUUUCCAUGGUCCAAGCAACCAGGCAAAGCAUCCGGGAACAAGAGUUUUUCUCCAGGCCUCAAAGGUUAAGCCCCAGUUGCAGGGUCAGCAUCCCAGCUAUCAGCCAAAGAUCAACACUCAACUGGUGGGCCAGCCAGCCAAUGUCCAGCCCAGAAGCCAUUCCAGACUUUACAAUCCUGAAGGUGCACACAGAUCAACAUCCACAUGGAUCAGUCAUCCACAUGUCAAAGGAAGCAAGCUGGACACACUAACUGGUUAAGGCCACGAAGCUGAGCAUCUUGGAAACAUUUAACUGAAGUGAUGGGCAGUUGGUAUUGUCAGGAAAAUAAACCUUUUUGUUUGCAGUCUGUCUCCUCCUCAGUUGGUUGAAACUCGAUGGUGCAGUUCAUCCUGUGAGAACAAGCCUGGUCUAGUAGAUGGCCAACUAGAAUUGUAACAAGUCAUGUUAGCUUUU